GUCAUAGAGGUAGCAAAGAUUUCACGCGGCCAGUUCUCUGGAUGUCUUGGUGCACGACAGAAGCUCAGUCUUGAUCUCAACCAAAAAGAUGGGCCGUCCUCUCACCACUCGAAAGGUCGGAUUAAUCGUUUUUCUAAUUUAUAUCAUUCAGGUCAAUGCCGAGCUGAUCAGCGAUGAAUCGGCUGAAAUUGGCGACACCAGUCAGUGCCCCAACAGCUACCUCAACAAAGAUAUGAGCUGGUUCAGACAGAAUGCCCAAACUCUGCUCUUCAUGGAGCAUCUCGCGAAACGAGCCAGUCAAGACAAUCUCUUUGACUGGAAGAAAGAGCAAGUAUCGGACAAGUACAGAUCGAAACUUCGAAGCUUGGAAGACCAGUUUGUCAUGCCGGAAGAGAUCCCCGAUGACUGUUACGAAAAAAUGCCCAUUCCGCAGAAGAUUUCUCAGCGCAUUUCCUUUUUGGAAGAUCGUUUGGAGGGUUGCGGAGCGGCCCAAUCACAGCCCUGCCCUUACGCUGAUGAACCAGCCGUUGGCGGGUACGGUUCCGGUUUAGUUCUCCGUCGUUUGUCCGCCAUCCAAGCGGAAUUGAUGCGCCAAAAGAAUGUCAUACGCUUGAUGAGAAUGCGUCUGAUGGACGUUAAUCGCCAAUGCGAAGAUUUCAUGGCUGCUCCAGAGAGAAAUAAUUACGAAAGUGAUUGUUCUGGUGGAGUUCUAGAACAGGAUAGAGACACUUCUCCUUGUAAGACUGCACCUCCUGGACCGCCAGGACCACCAGGUCCUUCGGGACCGCCUGGUCCAGAAGGACCUCCAGGACCACAAGGUCUUCCGGGUUUGAAUGGCUUACCUGGUGAAAUGGGUGCUAAAGGAGAGCCGGGCGGAAGCGAAUGCGGUUCAACACGUAGCCCAUGUGGACAACCGCCUAUUCAACCACAUGUCCCGCCUUUGAUUCCAUUUCAAAUUCCUCCGCCGCUGUGCAGUCAACCACCGUGCAGUCCACCAAAAACUAUGCCGUUUUAUCCGAAUCCGUGCCAAAACAAGCCAAACUGUUCUCCCUUUUACCCCUUUACUUCCAGUUCUUACGCGUCAAUGCCUUCCUAUUCCCCUUCAUGGCCUUCGUAUCCUGCCUAUUCUUCUUACCCUUCUUACUCCCCCAGCUACGCCCCCAGCUACGCACCCAGCUACGCUCCUAGCUACGCUCCUAGCUACGCUCCUGGAUAUACUUUACCAUCCUACGCUCCUGGUUACACUUUACCUUCCUAUCAAAGUCAAUCUCCUUCGUCCUUACCAUCACUAUCGGGCUUACCACCCGGUUACCCCGUGAUCGAUCCUGCGAACCCAAAUGCAAAUCCUAAUAAUUUCACCCAAGCACCUGUCAGUACGACAGUUGCUCCAGAUACUCCAUCGGAUUCUUCCGAAGACACAAAUGAUUCAGACGAUUUUUAAUUCUUUUUAAACACAAGCUAUUUGCUAUUCCUUGAGUCAAUUUUGACUGACCAGCGCGCGUUUUUUACUCGAAAACCAAUGAAAUAUUUGGGAUUUUAAAACAAUAAUUAGUGUCUUGAAAUGUAGUGUAUUGUUUUACUGUGAAAUGAAAUGAUUUUUCAAAC